ACACACACGCGCUCCACACUCGUACACACACACACAGCCCGAGUGAUUCAACUCUGAUUUCCAGCGAACGAGCGAGCAACAGACGGGAUGCCAAAAAGUGGAGAGCGCUGGAGAGGUUAACGCGCAGAACCCAAACCUGCCGAACAGAUCGCCGGGAAAACACGGGCAACUAAACAAGAAGAGAAGCAGCGGGGUUUUUUUUUUUCGCCCUCGCGGCAACUUGCACUGAGUGGCAGAGUUUUAGCGGCAGUAUUGUUCAGACUUCACUCCAGAGGGGCCACUCCGAGGAAAGAGGACGCACACAAAAGGGAAAAGGAAAGGACUAACGAGCACGCCGUGGCGUUAAAGUAAUGCUCCCGCGGUCUUAGAUCCUAGGUUUCCUUGUCUCUCCCUCUCUUUCUGUCUGCUCAUUUUCCAUUUUUAUUUUAGUAAAUAUUUUUUACGUCCCGUCGGUUGGGAUCCCCCCACCCCUCCUCCCUGCUUUGUCGCUGCGAGAGAGUGGACGCGCCGGGAUCAUCAGAGGAGCAAAAGCGGGCUGUCCACAUGGUCCAACCACUGGCGUGAAAGUUGACUUCUUCAGAAACCAAGAGAACAGGUGCCAGUGAUGAUGGUGGAAUCAGCAUCUGAGACCAUUCGAACGACACCGUCCAACCAGAACGGAGUCAGCAGCCUCAGCAGCCAGUCAGAUGGAGGAGGAGGUAGAGAGGGCGGGUCCAAUGGAGACGUCAAUGGAGAGAUUAGUCCAGUCGACCUACUGCACCUGCAACAGCAACAGGCUCUCCAAGCAGCCAGACAGUUCCUGCUCCAGCAGGCCUCUGGACUAAACUCCCCUGGCAGCAACGAGGUCAAACAGAGCCCGGUGCAGGUGCCUGUAUCAAUGGCAAUGAUGAGUCCACAGAUGAUCACUCCUCAGCAGAUGCAGCAGAUUCUGUCUCCCCCUCAGCUACAGGCCUUGUUGCAACAACAGCAAGCUUUGAUGCUGCAGCAGCUACAGGAGUACUACAAGAAGCAGCAGGAGCAGUUACAUCUUCAGCUUCUGACUCAGCAGCAGCAGCAGCAGCAACAGCAGCAGCAGCAGCAGCAGCAGGCUGGGAAGCAGGCAGCAAAAGAGCAGUUAGGCAGUAAGCAGCUGGCCUUCCAGCAGCAGCUGAUCCAGAUGCAGCAGCUCCAGCAGCAGCACAUCCUCAAUCUCCAGAGACAAGGCCUGGUUCCAAUGCAGCCCACCGCUGCCAUGCAGUCUCUGCAGCAAGCAAUGUGCCCAUCAGACCUCCAGCAACUGUGGAAAGAAGUUUCGGGGGUGCCAAGCAGUGAGGAGGCCCUAAAACAGGCCGAAGGCCUGGAUCUGAGCACCAACAGCUCCAACUCUACCUCAGCCUUCCCCAAAGCUGCCAAUGCUCAUAUUCCUCUGCACAAUCUGCCCAACGGACAGAACCACACCCCAAAGAGAGACAGAGCAAGACUGUUUGAGUGGAUAUCCUCCUUCACCAAGGCAGACAGCCCAGAUGACCAUGUCCCCCUUUACUCCAAAAACAGCCAGCAUCCAAGCAGUCAUCAUGAAGAACAUACCGGCUCUCAUCCCCUCUAUGGCCAUGGAGAGUGUAAAUGGCCUGGUUGUGAAGCACUGUGUGAGGACAUGGGGCAGUUCAUCAAGCACUUGAACAACGAGCACGCCCUGGACGACCGCAGCACUGCUCAGUGUAGAGUCCAGAUGCAGGUGGUUCAGCAACUAGAGAUACAGCUGGCAAAGGAGAGUGAGCGACUUCAGGCCAUGAUGACCCACCUGCACAUGCGCCCAUCUGAGCCAAAGCCUUUUAACCAGCCUCUGAACCUGGCUUCCAGUGGCUCUCUUUUAAAGCGGGACAGCGAGGCCUACCCUGAGGGUCUUCCCCACCCCCCCACCUCAGCUGCCACCCCAAUCACCCCUCUGCGCCAGGGACCCUCUGUCAUCAGCUCUUCCAGCCUGCACACACACUCCCACUCCCACACGCAUCCUGUUGGGCCCAUACGGAGGCGCAACUCUGACAAGUACUGCACCCCUAUCGCCUCAGAACUUGCUCAGAACUGUGAGUUCUACAAGAAUGCGGAUGUCAGGCCCCCCUUUACCUACGCCUCUCUUAUACGUCAUGCCAUUCUGGAGUCACCAGACAGACAGUUGACUCUGAAUGAGAUCUACAACUGGUUUACACGAAAGUUUGCCUACUUCAGGAGAAAUACAGCCACAUGGAAGAAUGCCGUACGCCACAACCUGAGUCUGCACAAGUGCUUUGUUCGUGUUGAGAACGUGAAAGGCGCCGUGUGGACUGUGGAUGAAGUCGAAUACCAAAAGAGGAGACCACCAAAGAUGACCGGAAGUCCCACUCUGGUGAAAAACAUGAUUUCAGGCCUGGGCUUUGGAUCACUCAAUGCCAGCUACCAGGCGGCUCUGGCAGAAAGCAGUUUGUCCUUGCUGAACAGCCCUUCCCUGGUGACCCCUCCAUCUGCAGCCAGCCUCAACAUGCUUCAUGUGGGCCAUGAUGAUGUCAGCUCUACCGUGGAGCAGGUCAACAGCAACGGCAGCUGCAGCCCCACGCUCAGCCCCCAGCAGUACAGCAGCCACCCGGUGCAUGUGAAGGAGGAGCCCACUGAGGUGGAGGAGGACAGUCGACCAGUGUCCUUGCUGGCCGGUGUCACGCACAGCCUGCCGUUGCCGAGCGACGAGCGUGACCUAGAAGAGGAUCUCCCCACCGAGGAGUUGGAGUAGAACAGAUCCGGGACAGACUGGAGGGAGGGACCUUAUCCACCUCCGUCUCCGACCCUCUCACCUGUGUGAAGACAGAAAGUUAACAACAGUACAACUUAAGAGAGAGAAGGAAAAAAAAAAGAGAAUGUUUUAUUUGUUUUAAAGAAAAUUCAAGCAACCAGGGGUGGCACCGAGAAACUCUAAACAGGGUUAGAUGAUUUUUGUUACUUUUAGAUGCAAAGACGAGACUGUGGAGAACUGCUUUACCUCCAUGUGAUGCUUUCACAACACUUGGCUCAGAGGUGUAACACCACUUGAGGCGUACACACGUGUGCGCACAAAAUACACUUGUGAAACCUUGUUUCAUCGCCCUCCCUGGGAAAACAUCACCCUUCACAUAAAGACCCCAAGCGGCAUGGACACACUCUCCUCUUCAUCAGCCCCGCCACCUGGCAUAACCCUCCUCUCUGGGAUCUUUGGCUGCCUGGCAUUGUCAUUUUAUCCCAGUUGAGAAGAUGCACACAGGAUCAUGUGUAUAUAGAUCCCUGGGAGAGGAUCCCUUCCCUCUUUUCCCUCUUUGUACCCGUCACUUGCUUUUUCGAAUCCUUUGAUUCGAUUCCAAUGAAACUUCAAGAUGAAGACGAAGGAAGAUUACCUCUGACACCUGUGCAGAGCAGGCAUCUGCCUACACCUGUUUGUGGGCGCUCAGCGUGGCUGAGCUAGCAGAGGGGGGGGUGUCUCCCUGGUCCCGCCCACCCCCAAAUUUGUGUCAGCAGCAAGACACUUUGUGAGGGACAUCUUCUUUAUUAGGUAGGAAGAGAAACAGGAUAUUCUCCUGCCCUGCUUACAGUUUCCCAUCCCGUCACCCCCCGACCCCUAAGAAGACUGCAUGAAUCGGACAAUUUGGUGCUGUCCUUCUCUCCACCAUUCCCAGAUGGAGGGAUGAGCAUGGGGUACCUGGGAGAAGAAGAAGUGAGAGGACACAGAGAAGUGAGGGAGGAUGCAUCUACAGAAACAUUGUGAUAAAAAAAAAGAAAUCUGUUGAUUAUUGAAUAUUACAUGAAAAAAAUGUGUGGUAGCUUUUGUCCUUUUUUUAUUUGAUGUUAUUAUUAUCGUUCAUUUUUGAGGAUGAAUAUUUGCAAGGUGGAGAUCUAUUCUUUUUUUUUUUUUACUAUCUUUUCUAAGGAGACUGAUUUUGCUUUUUGUGUUGUAAGUUGGUUGUUUUCCUCUGGUUGUUCACACCAUUCCAAAUAAGUGUUGGCCAAAAAAACAAAAACAAAAAAAAACAAAAAUCAGGAAAAAGUGCAGUAUUGUCCCGACCAACCCAACAUCUACUCCCUUCCCUUCAGUCCCCAGUGUAGCAGGCAAGAAAAUUGGAAAGAGCACUUAAAGUAAACAUUACCCAGAUAGAUUAUUUAAUAAAUGACUUUUUGUUUCUUUAACUCCUACUCUCACAUGUUUUAGUUGUGUAUUUAGUUGAGAAAUAUCUGUAAUGCUUUAAAAAUAUAUAUAUAUGAAUAUAUAAUAACUGCAGUCAGAGAAUACCUCAUCCCACAAAGGUUCUGCCCAGAACUGUGUCCAAAUUCCUAAAGAAGUAAGGGGGAAUUCUUAAAGUGGGACACCAAAUGUGGCGACUCUGCUCAGCUUCUGUCAAAGGUUAAAAAGGUUAGAAGCUAUCUGCAAUUCACUGUGUGAAUUUGUGUUAAAAGGAAGUGAGAUUUGUUUCUUUGUUUUCCGUGAGCAUCAGAACAUUACUUUCCUCUACAGUGCCAUGCCAAAUUUAACUUUUAUUCUAUUCUAUAACCUGCUUAUUCCCAUUUUAUUUUUGUUACAGGUAACCAAAGAAAUGUGUAGAAAAACCAAAAAAAAAAACAGUAGGUGUUUUUGUUCCAUUGUGUUUCUUUCUUUCUUUUUUAUAUAUUUUAAAGAACUGGCCAAAAGACAACUAACCAGAAGUUUUAUUUGUUCUUUUUUGUUUUUUUUUAAGUGUGUUCAUGUAAAGAUUGUGUUGAAAUUUCUUACAGUACUGACCAUUCCAAAAACCAAAGUGUUUAAGGCAAACUAAGAUCUAGAGAAGGUUAGACACGACUCAAGUUUGGUGUGCGGCCAAAUUUAGCAUCAACAAAUCUGCACAGUUCCUCUGGAAAGCAAAUACUGGGGAAAGAAAGUAAAGAAAAAGAAAAGCACUUAAAGCACGGCCCCUUACCCGUCAUCAUUGGGCUACAUUGUUUUAAACACAACCUAAGAACCGACCCCGAUUUCUUUCAAACAAGUCUUAACAAAUUUAAUAAACCAAUCUGCUGUCUGGAGAUGCCAGUAAAGCAAAACAAAUGUGUCUUUCCUCUAAGGCUAGGCAUUACAAGGUACUUUUUUCUGCAGUUUUUGCAUGAUCAAAAUGAUUUGCUUUGAAGAAAGGCUCUCCAAAAAUGUGUGUUGUCCACAAAAAAAAAAGGGUACUUCAUCAGACUUCAGAAAAAAAGAAAAAACUUGGUUUUCAAAUAUCUAUUAAUGCAACAGAGAGGGAAAACGGGACGAAAAUAUCUGAGAGACAUUAUAGAAUUUAAGGUUGAGUUCAUGUGUUUUUUGUGAAACAAUCUCAAGCACUUCAAAUGUUCUUUCUUAUUUAAUUAAAGAACAUUUACCAAUGGCUUUGUGUUGAAACAGGACUGUUUCCUGUUGCAUUCGACUUGUCUACCUGAUUACUAAAGUGCAAAAGUGGAAGACAGACAGGACAGCUUGAAAUGAGAUGAAAACCAAAAAUAACACUACCUCCUCUUCAACGCUGUUUGAUAAAUAGUAAAUGAGGGACUGGGCUCUUUUAGUAACAUUAUUUUCUCCAAUCCUUCAAUGAUAAAAAUGGAUUACAAUUUUUUUAAAAUGAUUUACUGUGUCUCACAAAGACAAAAAAAAAAUGUUAUUUGUCGGUCCACAUUCUCUAGGUAUCUGCUUUAGCUCAAAAACAAAAAGAUAUUUCUCUUUCCAUGUAACUAAUAACGACUACCUCUCCGUAAACCACCUCGAAAACAGUCUUUGCUUCUAAAAAAACUUGUCUGCGACAUAUUCCCUGAAGGCAAACCGAUUUUCUGUCCUAACCACCUGAUAAAUGCUCUGUGAUCUUGAACUGUGCCAAUUCGUGCAGAUGUUUGACUCUUGAGCUGGCUGUAGUGAUGGGUUUAACAUUUCAAUGCUGCAACUUUGGCCCUCUCACACACAGAGGUAGAACAAAAGCAGGGCUAUGGAUUAGUCCAAAUAUCCAAAGACCCACGACACGGCUGCAUCCUCAUCACUGAAACCCACAGACAUUUACGGAAAAACUAAAACUCGUAGAGAAAGCUCUUCACUACUUCUAUCAGAUCCAAACCAAGAGGAACUGCUGCAUCCAGAACAGAUACGAUCUCUAACUUGUGCUUUAAGGUACACUUGUAAACAAAACUGUUUUAUAAAGAUGUAGAUUGUUCGCAGGUCACUGUUAACACAUCCAUUUCCGCAGCUGGGCAUAACAUGAUGUAUUGCUGUAUAUUAUUGCUUGGCUUCUCUUCAGGGCUUUAUUUUCCCAUUUUCUCCUUUGAUUUUGUCUUGUCUUUUUUGGGAUUUUUCUCUCUGCACCUGUUAAGCUAUUGUAAAGCUUUCAACUUGGAUUCCUAUACUGUCCUGCUAGUGCCGAUCUGUAUUUAUCAUAUUAAGUUCCGCCAGUAUCUUGGUUAAAUAGUUUUUUUUGUUUCUGCUUGUUGAUUUGUUUUUUUCCGUUUUUCAGUUCUUCAUAAAACGUCUGGGACGCUCAAAUUUUUUAAGUGUAUUAUCAAAAAAGAGAAAAAAAAUAAAAAGAAAUAAAGUUAGAUCAGUGGUUUAGGUAACACAUGUUUGUAUAUUUAUCUUAGCUAGGUCUAUUUUGAUACUUUUUUGUCUCUGUACUGCAUUUAUGCAUUUUUAAGGAAAGAAAAAACAACAAAUGGAAACAAACUAAAAAGAUUCUACAUUAUGUAUUGAUACCUCAGAAGGACUUUUUUCUCAGACAGGACCAAAACCUCUGAAAAGAAAAAGAUAAAGAGGACAAAAACUAAAAAUAUGUAGCCCCUCUCUUGCUUUAAAAAAACAUGGAGCUCUAGAAAAGUGUUGCUGUUGGUCUUUUCAGGUGCCAGUAUGUGUUCCUGCUCCCUGUGACCCCUCCCUGUGAGCCAUGCCCCCCCCUCCCCGUGCUGAACUUCGACCCGCAGAGCUGUCAAUCAUCUGUAGGUGCCAAGGGUUUGUCACUGAGUCAGUCACCUGACUGGCCGUGACUAGCCUCAAACCUCAUGCCCCGUCUCCCAGAGGAAGUUUAAAGACUGACGCUGCGGCCUUUUUGAUACUCCGCUUUGUAAUCUCAGUGCCAAAAUGUGGAGUAGCUCUCAGAGACGCAGCUCAUCCUCUGACAACCAAAGGCAUCGAGAGCCAACAAUGCUUAGUCCAAACCCCUGAACUGUAACCAAACUGUAACCAAACCAAUGCCACAACCUUAACCAACCAAAAACCAAGCUACUUCCAAAACUCUCCAUCAACUUUACUGAUAGUCAUUAUCCCUCAUGCAUCCACAUGGUGGUGUUUUUGGAGCAGCCAAAACUGCUUCAGCUGGUGACUGACUCAAAGGACGCCAGGAACUCAAAUCCUGACGUUUGAUUGGACAGUUCUGAGGUGUCGCGUGAAGGGGAAGGGACUCUCAAAACAGAGUAUUUUGCCUGAUGGUGUUACAAAAACCGAAUUAGAUGGAACUACCACUUCAGCUCUCCUCUGGUUAAACCUUAGGAAUGUGUGUACAUUUUUCAGCAGUGACUUUGUGUUUUAAUUCUUAGUUCAGUUUACCUCUUUAUCCCUUUGUAUGAUUUUUUUUCCCUUUAUUUUGAAAGUGUGACCUGAGGAAGAGGCGGGAAUAGGGAUUGGGUCGAGGCUUUAGACAGAAAAAGAAGCCCAGCCCUCUUGGCCCUUCACCCCCGGGGUAGCCAUGUAAUGCCAGUCACUGCCCUUUCUUUCAUGCUGUAUAAAAUCACACACACACAUAUAUCUGUGUAUUUGUAACCUGAUUCUUCUUGUGUCUGUCCAUGCAGACAAUAAAAAACUGUACAGUAGGUCUAGUUGCAUGUAAUCUGUACUAAUUAUUGACAAUGGCAUUAUAAAAUGCAAUAAAAUACUUAUUACACUGUCCAA